ACCAGCUUUUCUUCAAUUGCUUCCAUAGACAUACAGAUCUAGACGGCACUAUGUCUAAGGACAUAAUACCCCAGGAAGAGCCCAAAAGGUCCAAGAAGGACAAAAAGCAGAAAAAGUCUGCCGAUCCCGCCAGCGACGAGCCCAGAGCUGAAAAGAAGGACAAAAAAGACAAGAAGAAGAAACACAAGGAAUCUCAUGAUCCCAAGGUUACUACUAUUGCUGUUUCCGAGGAUGCUACGAUGGACGUAGAUCUUCCAGAAGGACGUGUCAAGGACAAGAAGAAGUCAAUCGAGUCUGCUUCUUCUAAUGUUGAGGAGACUGCGAUUGAGAUAGCUGUUGAUACACCAUCCGAAUCCAAGGACAAGAAAAAGAAACACAAACAUACCAAAGGCUCAGGUGAUGAAGAUCCAAGUCCUGAUGGUGAAGGAGCUUCGAAAAAGCACAAAAAGCGCAAGCGUGAUGCUGCGCAAGCAAUAGACGCAAUAGACAAACCUAGCCCCUCCAAGAAGCACAAAAAGAAAAAGCACGAUCGCGAACUGGAAACAACCUCUGCCAACACUACAGUCACUCCCCAACAACCCUCGUUAGCUACCUCAUCUUCACUCUCAAUAAAACCGUGUUCUCCUACCGAAGCAGAAGCCUUUCUCAGAAAGCACAACAUCACCAUCAGUACCCAGACGAACAGCGACGCUGUUGUACCUGUAACAUUGUUCGACCAGCUCAAUAUACCGGAUGGCCUACGAGGCGCAUUUACUGGCUUCAAAGAGCCUACUCCAAUACAAGCGUGUACAUGGCCGCCUGCGCUCAAAGGAAAGGAUGUAGUGGGUAUUGCAGAGACGGGAAGCGGGAAGACUCUGGCAUUUGGCAUACCUGCCCUCGCACAGCUCAUUGUUUCACCCAAAAAGCCUAAGAAGAAAGAAAACACAAUCUCUGUACUUGUCGUCGCCCCGACACGUGAGCUUGCGAUCCAGACUCAUGACGCACUCUCUGCGCUGGGUGCACCGUUUGGCAUUGCUAGUGUCGCGGUGUUUGGUGGCGUCCCGAAGGAUGCACAGAUUAAAGCCCUGGCAAAUGGAAACACAGACGGGAAGAUCACCAGAAUUGUUGUAGGAACGCCCGGACGCAUAAUCGACUUGGUUCAAGACGGUUUCUGCGACCUGAGCAGAGUAAAUUAUCUCGUGCUAGAUGAGGCUGAUCGAAUGCUGGAUAAAGGAUUUGAAAAUGAUAUCACGAAAAUUAUUUCAUAUACUAUUCAAGGGGAGGGGCGCCAGACCAUGAUGUUCAGUGCGACGUGGCCUGAAGCUGUUCGUCGAUUGGCGAGUUCUUUCCAGCACAAUCCUGUCCGAGUCACUGUUGGCAGCGAUGAUCUCACAGCAAACAGUCGCGUUGAGCAAGUCGUUGAAGUAUUUGAUGACCCACGUGACAAAGAUAAUCGGCUUCUCAACUGCCUCAAAGCUCUGUCACAUAAGAAAACGUCACGCAAAGGCUCUGAUGAGGCGCGCAUUCUGAUUUUUGCGCUUUACAAGAAAGAGGCAACGCGUAUCGAGCAAUCACUGAGGCGUGCAGGUUACGAUGUCGGUGCAUUGCAUGGAGACAUGUCACAAACUGCACGUAUGGACGCACUCGAAAAGUUCAAGACCGGGGAGACGGGUUUACUGGUGGCCACGGAUGUUGCUGCACGGGGGCUAGACAUUCCCAAUGUUGGGGCCGUGAUAAAUUACACCUUUCCGCUGACCCUUGAAGAUUACAUCCACCGAAUCGGACGUACGGGUCGUGGUGGGCGCUCCGGUAAAUCCAUUACCUUUUUCACAGGAGAAAACCACGAGCGAGCGUUGGCUGGUGAACUUGCACGUGUGCUUCGCGAAGGCGGUUUCGAUACGCAGGCAGACAGCCUGAAACAAUUCCCGAUGACCAUCAAGAAGAAGGGGCACGCGGCAUACGGAGCUUUCUUCCGAGACGAUAUCACUGCUGCGCCUACGAAGAUAGUAUUUGAGUAGUGCUGGGAAGGUAACCAGAUGUUUUUACAUGGGAAUGACCAUCUAGUUUUAUAUAUAAUGCACCUGUGCAUGUAGUUGUGCUAUUGGGUUCAGGCUACAUACCAUGUACUUGCAAUUGUGAUAAUCCAUCAGUGGUCGAACUUU